CUUUCUCUCAGUUCCUCAGAAUUUUCCUCACCCUUGUACAUUCCCUUUACCUACCUCAUAAAAAUUUCGAAAUAAUGGCAAUUCCAUUAUCCCUCUUUCUACUGUUCUUGCCUCUCCUGGCUCCCACCUUCAUUUUCUCCUCACCAGUUCAAGACCCUGAGCAAGUAGUACAGCAAGUAAAUGAGAGCGUCAGGAAUGCUACUAUAGCUAGGAGGAACCUUGGGUAUCUCUCAUGUGGAACCGGCAACCCUAUUGAUGACUGCUGGCGGUGCGACCCUCGCUGGGAAAAGAACCGUCAGAGGCUAGCCGAUUGUGCCAUUGGGUUCGGGAAGCAUGCCAUUGGUGGCAGGGAUGGCAAAAUCUAUGUGGUCACGGACUCCAGUGACCGUGACCCCGUCAACCCAAAACCUGGCACUCUUAGGCAUGCGGUUAUCCAAGACGAACCUUUGUGGAUCAUUUUUGCUAGUGACAUGGUGAUCAAAUUGAAGGAAGAAUUGCUGAUGAACUCGUUCAAGACCAUCGACGGCCGAGGCGCCAAUGUUCACAUCGCCGGCGGGCCAUGCAUUACUAUACAGUACGUGACCAACAUCAUAAUCCACGGGAUUAACAUACAUGAUUGCAAGAGAGGAGGGAAUGCUUAUGUGAGGGACUCUCCCAGCCACUACGGUUGGAGGACUAUAUCCGACGGUGAUGGGGUGUCUAUUUUUGGAGGGAGCCACGUUUGGGUGGACCAUUGUUCUCUGUCUAAUUGCAAUGAUGGGCUGAUAGAUGCCAUUCAUGGAUCCACGGCCAUCACAAUUUCUAACAGUUACUUGACCCAUCAUAAUAAGGUCAUGCUCUUGGGACACAGCGACUCCUAUAAACAGGACAAGAACAUGCAAGUCACCAUUGCCUUCAACCAUUUUGGAGAAGGGCUUGUGCAAAGAAUGCCGAGAUGCAGACAUGGAUAUUUUCACGUGGUGAACAAUGAUUACACCCAUUGGGAUAUGUAUGCAAUCGGCGGCAGUGCUAACCCUACAAUCAACAGCCAGGGCAAUAGAUUCCUUGCACCAAAUAACGAAUACAACAAAGAGGUUACUAAACACGAAGAUGCGCCGCAAAGUCAAUGGAAGCAUUGGAAUUGGAGGUCCGAAGGGGAUUUGAUGUUGAAUGGAGCCUUCUUCACACCAUCUGGCACUGGAGCCUCUUCGAGUUAUGCGAAGGCCUCGAGCUUGGGUGCGAGACCCUCCUCACUGGUCGGCUCGCUCACAGCCGGGGCGGGUUCACUGGUUUGCAAGGAGGGCUCGCGUUGCUAGGCAUGCGACACCCAUGGUCUGCUAAUAGCAAUAAAUUAAAUACUAAAGAGAAAAAUUGAAACAUGAGAAGAAAAUGGAAGAACAAUAAGGCCAAACUGUAAUUAAAAGCCUCAGUAUCCAUGUUUCUGUAUAUUGGUAAUUUUUGUGUGUCUUGACUUGGAUGUAUACAACUGCAAAGCUUUGAUCAGUCUCUUUCUGUAAAGGCUCAUGAUCAGCUGACAGCAACAAGAGCAGCAAUAGUGUAAUUUAAUCGAUGAAAUGAGUCAUCAUUAUUCUACAUCAAAA